GUCAGGAAGUGUGAAUCAUGACAUCACAUACAAACGAACGAGAAUAGAAACUGACACUGUUUGGUAAGACUGGCACAGGAAAGGUUACCAUUUCUUCACGAAUAUAGUCACUGGAUUGCCAUUCUGCCAAACUUAAUAACGGUAACAAUUAACGUUAGGUUUAAGUCUGAACUAAUCUGUGAGGACUAUUUGAAGCCAAGUUUGGGAUUCAAGAUGCACCCAUCCUCCUGUGACACCUUUGUGGCUCUGCCCCCCUCCACCGAGGGGCAACGCAUUAUCUUUGGGAAAAACUCUGACAGACCUUGUGAUGAAGUCCAGGAAGUGGUGUAUUUUCCUGCCAGAAACUAUGAUGCAGGGGAGAAGCUUGAGUGUACAUAUAUAGAGAUUGAGCAGGUUGCCCACACAUAUGCAGUUGUGUUGAGCAAACCAGCAUGGCUGUGGGGGGCAGAGAUGGGUGCAAAUGAGCAUCAAGUGUGUAUUGGAAAUGAAGCGGUGUGGGGCAGAGAGAGUGCAGAUGGAGACGAGGCCCUUCUUGGCAUGGAUCUUGUCAGGCUUGGACUUGAGAGGGCCGACACAGCUGAGAAAGCUGUCAAUGUUAUUACUGGGCUGCUGGAGAAAUAUGGUCAGGGAGGAUCUUGCACGGAGGAUGAGUGCUACUUCACCUACCACAACAGCUUCCUGAUCUCAGACAGGAAGGAGGCAUGGCUGCUGGACACGUCAGGGAAGUACUGGGCAGCAGAGAGAGUGGAAAGUGGAUAUCGCAACAUCUCUAACCAGUAUGGCAUAACAACUAAGAUAGACAGGGAACAUCCAGAAAUGCGGGGAUACGCACAAAGCAAGGGCUGGUGGGAUGGAACAUCUCAGUUCAACUUCGCCACAGUCUAUUCCUUUACAACUACAGCCAGAAUAGAGGCCGCUGGGAGCCGAUACUAUGAGGGGAAGAAGAUGUUGGAAAAGAACAACGGCCACAUCACUGCUGAGACAAUGAUGGAUAUCCUGAGGGAUAAAGAUAGCAGCAUCAACAUGGAGGGAAUGUUCAUGACUACAGGAAGUAUGGUGUCUGUAAUACCCACGAAUCCUGCUCUGCCAGGGGUUCACUACUUUACAGCAACUCCAGACCCUGAAAGGUCUGUAUUCAAACCGUUCGUCUUUGUGAAACACAUCAAUCAGCUGAAGGAGACGACUUCUCCCAGUUAUGGUCCAGAUGACCCUGUAAAGAAGAAACCUCGCUUCCAGAGCAAGCCGAACCGCAAACAUGAGUUGUUUGUGAAACAUGAAGUGGUGGAGGCCAUCAUCGACACCCACAAGGACAGAGGGAAGAAGAUCAUAGAAAGCAUGAGGCAGGCAGAAAAGGAGAAGAUGUCAGAGAUGGAGGAGAUUCUCUUACAUGGUGUUGAGGAACCAGACUUUUUGGUAAAUCUAUUCUCAAAGUCUGUUAAGGCUGAAAUGGCUGCGUACAGCAAAAGCUGAGAGGCUUGUUGGAACCACAACACAGAACUCCAUGGCAUCAGUAGCAAUUUCUCUAGUGCAAGUAUAAACAUGCUUCUGUAAUAAGUCAGAACAUAACUUAUCAUUAUUAAAAUUAUUUUAUAAAAGAACACUCAGGCUGUAAAGUGGAUGGACUAAAUAUUCACUUUUCAUUUAUGUGAAAAAUUCUUGACCAGAAAUACAAGACUUUGUGAUGCAUUAUGAGGGUUCAUUUGUAAAAUUUAUUUUAAAAUAAAUCAAGCUCAUAAAUAGCAGCCUUUGACACAAAUUGUAUUAUUUUUGAGAAGACAAUAUGGGUUGAGUUAAUAUAACAAAUCUUUGCACUUAA